AUGACAUCUCUCCCUUCCACUUACAAAGCUCUACGCUUUCAUACCCUUGCAGGACCUCUUACAGUUGAAGAACAAAACAUCUCAUCUAUUCAAACCCCAAAGACCCUUCUAGUCAAAGUUCAUUUUGCGUCUAUAAAUCCUGUUGAUACACAAUUAUGGCGCGCAGGCAUAGUUUCGGUUGUCUCUGGCUCCAAGGGUAUGGGUCGUGAUUUCUCGGGCACAAUUGUAGCUAUUGAAGAUCAGAUGAAGGGAAAUUGGUCGGUUGGAGAUGAAGUUUUUGGUUUGUUAUAUCAAGUUUUCGGGCAAGGAACAUUCAGUCAAUAUAUUGCAGUUGACCCAGCUUCAGACCCAGUGGUCAAGAAGCCCAAUUGUCUAUCACAUGAAGCUGCUGCAUCAAUACCCCUCGUGACAUUGACGAUGUUUGCGGCGUUGGAUUGGUUACCUGCGAGCAAGGGAGAUUCUCAAAGGAAGGUGAUUGUGCGGGGAGCAUCUGGAGGAUGUGGUUUAUGGGCUGUACAAUUGGCAAAGAAUCUUUACAAUUGUCACGUUACCGCCAUAUGUUCUAGCAGAAAUUUGGACUACGUCAAAGGUCUAGGGGCCGAUGAAGUGAUCGAUUAUACCUCAACCUCAGUUCUUCAAACAUUACUCGAUAGCAAAACUGCCUCAACUGAAUUCGACCUACUCAUAGACUGCCAUGAGCUUCUCCAUACCAAGGGAGCAUAUGUCACCACAGUUGGCGACAAAACCGAUAUGAAGGGACUUGUAGGUUCUAUAACAUACCUCAAAAAUCCCGUGCAGAUCUGGCGCUAUGUGGCAGGUUGGAUAUGGGGUCCUCGUUAUGCUGUUGUGUCGCUUCAUAGUAAGUCCGAAUAUCUAGAGAGGGUCGUUGGUUUGGCAGAAAGAGGGGAAGUGAAGAUCGAGAUUCAAGAAGUUAUUAGGGAUGCAUUGAAUGAGGAGAAUCAGGGCUGGAAUAGGGCUAUAGAUUUAAUUGAGACUGGGAGGGUUCGGGGAAAGGUUGUUCUUGAGAUAUUGUAA